AUGCCUCUCGAAAAUCGACCGCGACUUCCCCGCAUACCCCUUAGCAAGCGAAAUCGGGCUGUCGUGCGGGCUCUUAACCCAAUGCUGGUGACCUAUUUGGAAGCCAGCCGGGACCUUUGCGAGACGGACUCUAUUCUUUUUGGCGCCGCACUGGCAGUAUGCCGUAUUAUUGGCGCCAAACUUCCCAUGGCUGGACGUGCUACUCAACAAGGUAGUGCCAUCCCAGCCUGGAGAAAAAGAAUCGAGGACCGUAUCGCAAAGGCAAGGGCCCUUAUCGGCAGACUGACAAGCUUCAGGUCGGGUAAUAUUAGACCGAGAGUUGUGCGCACCGUUAGAAUGGCGUUUGCUGGGACAAAUAUUAGUUUGUCCCAGCCGGAUAUCACGCAGAAACUAACGGAGCGCAUAGAUGACCUGAAGCAAAAAAUCGCUGCUUGGGGGAAGCGGAUUCGACGAUUUAGCGAGAGGUCAAGGCGGUUCAACCAAAAUCGUCUCUUCCAGAGUGAUCAGAAGAGGCUCUAUAAAUCAUUGGAGCGACCAGAGGUAUGUGGAGCGGGCCCAGGACCGGAUCAGGCUGACACUGUCGCAUUUUGGCGUGGCCUGUGGUCAGAGCCCGUAAACCACAGCGAGGGCCCUUGGAUGGAAGUUGUGGCGAGCCGGAGUGCAAGUGUUACGCCUAUGGACCCCGUCACCAUAACGCCUGAAGACGUGGCUGAGGCGAUUUUGUUAUGGGUACAUAUCUAUACGUGUACAGACGUACGUAUAAACGUUGUUAGAAACAUUAUGCUUGCAGUGGCUACUAAUAUGAUUAGUCUCGGAUCUAGGAAAUCUGAAGGUACCAUUGAUAGGAUAAUAGCUGAAGUCGAGAAAGUAACAAGUACUGAAACUCUCCAGGUGAAGAUUAAAAAUAUUCAAGCGGCUUAG